CAGUUAUCGUAGAUUUGCGAUGGGAUCGAGAUAUAGUGAUUGUGUUGUGAUUAUCUGGGUAGCAACAUUUGUCUUAACAGAUUUAUGCUGGGCCAAACGGGUUCUUGAUACAGAAGAGAAUUUAUUCUUUAGAAGAAAAAGAACUACCAGCUCCAGAGACGACGGGUGUGUUCUACCCCCACCUCUGGAGAACGGGAAGUUCUACCCUAGUGCCAGGAGAUGUUCGCCUGAAGACCUCGCCCCAGCCUGUCAGAUGAUCCCCGGUACUCCUGUACCUGAAAACUGGGUCAUCUUCUUCUACUGUGACUCCGGCUUCACCCUAAACACUACAAAGCCUGUGUCUGUGUGUGUGAAGGGCCGUUGGACCCCACCGCUGCCUGUGUGUGAAGAUCACACAGCAAUAACGUUAGACGGCCUUGAAUCUGAAGAUGUUCAUGCGGGGCCGCUCCUCUUGACCUCAGUGGGCGCGGCCGAGUGUUCCAGCCAUGACAAUUGUCCCGGUGACAAGACCUGUAUCGUGGGCAAGUGUUCAGACUCCUGUGAUGGUCUUUGUGGGCCCAACACCGAGUGUGAAGUGACGUCACACAGGCCGCUGUGUAACUGCAAGAAGAACUACGUGGGGAACCCGUUCAAAGGAUGUAUACUUGGAGACCCCGUUCCAGUGACUCUUCUGUUAACACAGUCUUCCCAAGUGUCACUGCUUGAUCUGGAAAGACAAAAGAUAGUAUCAGUACUACACUAUACACAGGGAAACUCUAAAGGAAACUCUCCAAGCGUUACUUACCAUUAUCGCAAAAAAUACAUCUACUACACUGGCACUAAUCAGAUAUACAGAGACGAGGUGGCUGGCCGUCUUACCAGGACGGGUCCAAUAGUAGCUGUGGUCUCAUCAGGGGUUGAUGCUAAUGUGAAGCUAGCAGUGGACUGGGUACAUGACAAGCUCUACUGGAUGUCCCAUACUGCUGAGGUCAUAGAGGUCAGUGACCUGGACGGUGGCAACAGGACGACCUUGGUGUCCUCCGGACUGACCUUCAACUGGAACCUAGACAACAUUGCUGUUGAUCCUUACGCUGGGCUCCUGUUCUAUGUUAGCAACGACUCAAUAUUUAGGAUGAACUUGGAUGGUUCCAAUAACACUCAAAUUAAUCUUACCAACGACGGCAAAAGAGGGGUCUAUGUCCUGACCUUGGAUACCCACAAGAGAAGAAUAUUCUAUACUAGCUGGGACUUGGAGGAGGUGACACCCUACGUCGAGUCAUGUGACUAUGAAGGCAAAGAUGGGAAGGAUGUCCCCAUUGGGGAUAGAUUUAGUGAAAUCCACGCAAUAGCAGUAUUUAAGGAUACUGUGUUUUUCGGCCAUUUCAAAAGAGGUCAGUAUGACGAAGUGUGGAGUGUGGAUCUGUCAAACCCUGUUCCUACACCAGUGCUUGUACAGUCUGUGGAUAAGGGAUUUCUUGGAUUGAACGUGUACCACCCUGACGUCCAAACGGAGCACAUGUAAUGAAAACUCAUAGACCAGGAGGGUUCAGCAUUUUAGUUUAAUAAUAAUAAUUUUUUUGUAAGAUUUAUGAAGGAAUAAAUACAGUAUUAUUU